AUGGUCAAGCAACGCGUGCUCAUUCCCGGUGGAGCUGGAUACAUCGGCUCUCACGUCGUGCUCUGCGUCCUUCUCACCCGUCGUUACAAGGUGACCGGUGAGUCUAUAGAAGCCUCUUUACCCACAGCUCCAUCAUCAGCUCCCUCUGCGCACCUCACAACGAGCAAAAUUGUCGAAGUUGCAAUGUCGAAUGCACGCGCAAAUAUCCACGUCCUCUGGAUCCAUCUGACCCUCCCAUUCUCUUUCAACCCACUCCUCCAUCAGUGCUGGACAAUUACCACAACUCUUUCCCCACUUCCCUGGAGAGGGUCUCCAAGAUUGCUUUGGACGCCCUUCCCGCUGAUGCGUCCGAGGAAGACAAGGAAGCUACGAAGAUCGAUGUAAUCAAAGGCGAUCUCAGGGAUAAGAGCACCGUGGACUCGGCAUUCGCAAAGUAUGCCGACAAGAGCGCGGAUGACAAGAUCUGGGCCGUCAUCCUUGUUGCUGCCCUCAAGGCUGUUGGCGAGAGUGGAGAGAUCCCGAUCGAGUGAGUCUUCCAUCGCGUCAAGACGUGUUUCUGCCCUUUGAGGGUCAGACAAGCCUGACAGGGCUGUGAAUGCCAGUCACGCUCAACUGCGGGAGGGCUUCGCUAAAGCUCUGCCGCACGCACCGAUUCGCGCAGUUACUACGAGGUCAACAUUUCAGGCCUGAUCACUCUCAUUCGAGCCAUGCAGCAGCACAAGGUCACACGUCUCGUGUACUCGUCCAGCGCUACCGUGUACGGUAUUCCCAAGACCAUUCCUAUCCCAGAGACUACACCUUUGGCAGCUGAGAGCGUUUAUGGACGCACGAAGCAAUUCAGCGAAGUCAUCAUCAAGGAUGUAUGCGAUGCUUAUCCCAAGGAAUGGAGAGCCAUCGGGUUGAGAUACUUCAAGUGAGUCUCGGAUCAAUGCGCUUGAGCUGUCAAUAGCCGGUAUCGCGCCCUGACUUCUUUCCAUGCGGUUCUCACAGCCCCGCUGGUGCUCAUGCAUCUGGUCUGAUCGGAGAGGACCCCAGAGGCAAGCCAGGAAACUUGCUCCCGCUGCUCUCUCAGAUGGCUGUCGGAAAGUACAGAGACCCAGGUCUCAAGAUUUUUGGCAACGACUAUCCCACACCGGACGGAAGUGAGUUGACGGAGCAGAAAAGCGUGACUCGGAGGAGCGCAAAAGCUCAGACUUGCGUGUACAUGGAAGGGAAGAGCAGGGGUCAUGAGUGCAUACCAAAUUGUCAAAGGUCAAUUCACUGACGCUCGUUAAUGCUGCGCAACCACAGCCUGCGUCCGAGACUACCUCCACGUCAUGGACCUUGCGGGUGGUCACAUUAACGCUCUCGAUGCGCUCGAUGAUGACAGCAAGUUUGCCGAUACCCCUACUCCUGGCAAGUACAAGGCCUACAACUUGGGCCGAGGCAAGGGCAUGAGCGUUCUAGAGAUGGUCGAGGCGAUGAGAAAGGUGACAGGGUGAGUCCUCAGCGAGCGGCAGAUCAGCUGCGACAUCUUCUGCAGGCAGGGACUGAGCGGAGGUGCACGAAUUGUCACGCAGCUACGAAUACCCCUACGAGAUUGUCGGAAGACGUCUUGGGGAUGUACCAGAUCUCACUGCAGACCCCACACUGGCCGAGAAGGAGCUUGGCUUCAAGGCCAAGUAUAAUCUCGAGGAGAUGGUGAGUCUCUGCGCGAAGGGAAGCCCAGCGUUAUUGGAGGUAGGGCGGUGUGGCUCGCAGACGCGCGCUUGCGAAAGCGGGCAAGAACAGUAUUUGCUGAUCUUUACCGCUUCUCGUCGCUCGUCAAAUUGUCCUCAGUCUCGCGACCUGUGGAACUGGCAGAGCAAGAAUCCCAAGGGUGAGCAGUGUGGGAUUUGCGUGGUGAUGUGUGGUGUGUUAGUCGACUGACGUCACCCCUUUCGACACGCGUGAUGUCGCUCGUGACAGGUUACGAGACUGGAAACUAG